UCUGGGACUGGAGUUGUCAUUGGAUGAAAUGUUCAACAGUUCGUUGGCAACUUUCUUCAGAAGAAUAAUUACUACUGCUCUGCUCUUGCCAUAAUACCAGAAUUCUGUGACCUACACAUCAGUGCUAAACACCAGCAGAGAAUCAUAUUUUGUUCAUUCUGUGUAGAUGGAACAGGCAUCGGUCUUGAGAGCCCAUCCUGAUUUAAAGCUGCUUACUUGAUUUUCUGGGAUUAAAGGUGCUCAAUGAAUCAGGGCCCCCCAAAUGAGUCAAACAGCCAAUUCUUGCCAACAGUUGGUUGAAAACUGUGCCGCGCAUGUAGCAGGGAUGGCGCAAGAGGACAGUCGCCGUGGUCAAGUGCCACCCACGUUUUAUCAUGGUGCCAGCCAGGAACUUGAUCUGUCCACCAAAGUAUACAAGAGAGAGUCAGGAAGUCCUUACUCUGUGUUGGUGGACAGCAAAAUGAGUAAACCACAUCUCCAUGAAAGAGAGGAGCAGCCAUAUUUCAGGGAGAACAGAUCGGUAGGAGAGGUCCGGGCUGUGAAAGAAGAUAGAGAAAACUCUGACGACUCUGAGGAGGAAGAAGAGGAGGAAGAUGAAGUGACUUACAAAAGGGAGCAGAUUAUAGUAGAGGUAAACCUUAACAACCAAACAUUAAAUGUAUCAAAAGGGGAGAAGGGUGUCCCCUCCCAGUCCAAAGAGACUGCUGUUCUUAAGACCAGCAGUGAGGAAGAGGAGGGUGACAGUGGGGAAGAGGCCACUGAAGACAGUAAUGAUGAUGAGGAAAAUGAGAGGCAGAAGAAAAAAGAGAAAAGAGUGGAAAAAGUUAGUGUUGCACAAAGGAGAACAAGGAGAGCUGCAUCUGCUGCAGCAGCCACAACUUCCCCAUCACCCAGAACUACAAGGGGUCGUAGAAAGAGUGUGCCCCCCAAGCGUAAGAAGAAAGCUGCAAAGGAGCCCAAGGCACCUGUGCAGAAAUCAAAGUGUGAAGAGAAGGAGACUUUAACCUGUGAGAAGUGCCCCAGGGUGUUUAACACACGCUGGUACCUGGAGAAGCACAUGAACGUCACUCACAGGCGCAUGCAGAUCUGCGACAAAUGUGGGAAGAAAUUUGUUCUAGAAAGUGAGCUGUCCCUUCACCAGCAAACAGACUGUGAAAAAAAUAUCCAGUGCGUUUCCUGUAACAAAUCAUUCAAGAAGCUCUGGUCCCUCCAUGAACAUAUCAAGAUUGUCCACGGAUAUGCAGAAAAGAAAUUCUCUUGUGAGAUUUGCGAAAAAAAGUUCUACACCAUGGCCCACGUGCGGAAACAUAUGGUUGCACACACAAAGGACAUGCCAUUUACAUGUGAAACCUGUGGAAAAUCAUUCAAACGCAGUAUGUCUCUCAAAGUACAUUCCCUACAGCAUUCUGGAGAGAAACCUUUCAGAUGUGAGAACUGUGAUGAGAGGUUUCAGUACAAGUACCAGCUGCGUUCCCACAUGAGCAUCCACAUUGGGCACAAACAGUUCAUGUGCCAGUGGUGUGGCAAAGACUUCAACAUGAAACAGUACUUUGAUGAGCACAUGAAAACACACACUGGAGAGAAGCCCUUUAUCUGUGAAAUCUGUGGCAAGAGCUUCACCAGCCGCCCAAACAUGAAGAGACAUCGCAGAACUCACACAGGGGAGAAGCCCUACCCAUGUGAUGUGUGUGGCCAGCGAUUUCGCUUCUCCAACAUGCUCAAGGCACACAAGGAGAAGUGCUUCCGUGUUACCAGCCCCGUCAAUGUGUCAACUGCUGUCCAGAUCCCACUGUCCACGACUUCUGCCACCACAAUCCCCGCUGUAGUGAACGCACCCACCACCCCAACUCCACCCAUCAACCUGAACCCAGUGAGCACACUUCCUCCACGCCCCAUUCCCCACCCAUAUUCACACCUUCACCUACAUCCUCAUCCUCACCAUCCACAUCAUCUCCCGGUCCCCCCGGUUCCUCAUUUACCCCCUCCUCCAGCUCUUUUUAAGAGUGAGCCUUUAAAUCACAGAGGCCAGAGUGAGGACAACUUUCUGCGACACCUGGCAGAAAAAAACAGUUCAGCACAGCACCACUAACAUCUUUGCUUCCUGCCAGCUAUUUUCCCAUUUUAUGCACAUGGAAACAUGCCCUCAUGGAACUACAGAGGGCUAGUUGGUGAGGAUCUUUGUCUUUCUCUUAGCCCCAGCAGAUGGUCCUAAUUUUUCCUUUGAAUCAGUUAACAAACAAGGAAAUCCUGUUUUGGAUCAGCAGUGCUCAUUUGAACCUGGGAACCAACAGGACUUAAACCCAUUUUGCUUGCGUUUUACUGGUGACUUUUAUAAAUUUCAGAUACUGAGACUUGUGGAAUUUUAUAAUUUCAUAUCAGCUGAUGAGGUAUGCUUGCUUUUAUAUCCUGGACUUCUCCUCAAAGAGGAGAUAGGCCUGGUUUUCUUUGUACUAAUCGGAAAGGCUGUGAGAUUAAUACAGAGCAUUAAUUGUAUCACUGUGUAUCGUAAUGGAUUCUUUUCAGCUUUUGGUGCCGGCUAUGGAGUGAGCCAGCCACGUAUCACAGUAUAUUUGAGCAUUAUAAAGAAAGACAAAAAAAUUUCUUGUUUGUGUAGCUCUCCUAACACACUCUUUAUUUUACUACAGAAAUUAUUUUAGAGUUUUUUGUAUAGACCUAUUUAGUAGUCUGUUUCUAAAAUGAAAUGUAUUUCAAUAAGCGGUGUAAUUUUUUCAGUGUAGCUGGACCUAUGUUGUAUAAUAGAUAAAUUUUUAUAAUCAUCGAAAUGUGAUUCUUAAAAGAUGCAUAUAGCUUCUAUAGUUAAAGUUAUUCUUACAACCAUACAACUUAAAAGGUGCUUCAGAGAAGAAAGGAACCCAAGAGGUCUCUGGAAAGGUUGCCUCAAAAGUGAUGUUGAUUUCAGAACUUUACGUAAUUUAUUUUAGUAGGGCUUUUUUUUUUUUUUUUUUUUUAACAUUUAAUUUCCCUUUUCACAGUUUCCCUUAAGCUUUUUGGACAAGGACGUUGGGAUACCGUAUUCCUGCUCCACCGGUUUUCUUUAGUUCAGUUGGAGUGAGGUAUGAGAUGGAUUAGAAAGGGAGCCCCUUACACGUAGGGACCCGCUAGUUUGCGCACAGGGAGUCACAAGACAAUGAGAGAUCUGACAGCAGAGAGGAAAUCAAGUAUUCUCAAGUCAGCCGAGCAUCUUUUCUCUUUAUGUAGGAGAGCCGGAUUUAAUGGCUUUUCAUGGUAUGAUUUUAAGUUGGGGAUCGUAUCAAAUGCUGCUCUUCAGAUUGCUUUUUGGAAUUCCUGGAGUUGUUAGGAGAGGGGAAUUAAGUGAGAUCAUAAAUGUGGUGUUUCUGACUGGUUGAUUGUAAGAGUGAGAAGAGAAGUUUGAAUGAGACAAUGGUGUUUCGGUUGCAUUGUUAAGAAAAUGCUGAUAGCACUGUAUGUACCAUGUGAAGCUCUAUCCCAUAAAUGUAAUGUGCAUAAAAUUAUGGGAUGAUUUCUAGGGCUCGUAGUCAUACUUUUGGCAAGUCUAAGUUUUACAGUUGUAGGAUAGGAAACUUUGAAUUGUAGGCAUGUCACUGUUUCAUAAUCCUGGGAGGCAAUGAGGGGGAAAUGACAAGUUAGUGCAGGGAUGGUGGGCUGGAAUGCCAAAUGUAUCUGUUUUAACCAGUGAGUAGCUGUUAUUUUUUCAGGUUUGUAUUUCUCUUCAACUAAAACUAAAUAUAGCAGCAUUAUGCAAUCUAGGAACUUGUUGCCACCUUCAAUGAGGACAGAGGCCCAAGGCAAUGUACUGUAAGUCCUCUUUUCCUUAAAAUUCCUACUCUUCUGUGCUGCUUUUUAAAUUAAAUCCCACCAAAUUAUACAUCCAGAGAUCCUCAUAGGCAGAUGGCGAACUUACUAUUCUGCUUGGUAAUGAACCGGGGUUUUGUGGCUAAUGGGAUUAUUUUUUUUUCAAGAUAGCAGAAAUGGUGGAAAUUCUUCCUAGCAUUACUUCCUCAAGGUUAAUGCUGUUAAGCACUGUGUUUUGAAACACCAUGUCCUCUGUCUGUUGAGAAUUAGCUCCUUAGUUGAUGUUUUUCACCAUUUUCUACCACCUAAUCAUUAAUGUUGGGUUUUUUCAUAACAAGCAUAGGAAACUUUAGGAACCAGAAAGGGCAGUUUUGGCCCAACGAACCUAUUCAUUUUUGACUGAGCUGAAACCCCUUCCAGCAUUUCUGAAAAAUAAAACAAUGUUUUUUAAAUGUUUUCUCUAUAAUAUUUAUAUACACCCUCUUACCUUCUAGAAGAAAAAGCCAGUUAUGAAAGUGAAUUUACACUCAUGAUUAUGACUGUUGUAUUUACUGUGGCUGGUCCGCCCUGGAGGUUCUAUGCAUUCCACGUCACAUUUGCAACCUACAUUUCUGUUGUGCCACUAUUUUAUGGUCAGGCCUGUUAUUAAAUGAUUUUUAAAUGCUAAAAAAUUCUUGGUAAAUCAAUUGUAUUCCAGUUUUGCAAAAUGAUUUUCUUCUCAAUAAAUUUACAGUAUUAGGCUGCUAUUCAG